CACGCACGGAAGGCGGAAGCGGGGUGGCAGCCCGGGCGGUCGCGGGCUAUGGAGGGUUACCCCGCGCGUCGCGGGCUGUCUCGCGAGGGAUCGGCGGAGGAGGCCGAGCCCCCGGGCGCCGCCUGGAGCGGGGACAGCGGCAACGUGUCCCAGAGCCACAGCAGCGCCUCGGUGCUGGGGGAGGACGAGGGCCCGGAGCUGGGUGCGCCGGGCCGCGACCUGUCGCUGCUGCGCCGCGCCGCCGCGGGUUACGCCGGCUGCCUGCUGCCCGGAGCCGAGGCGCGGCUGGAGGUGGAGGCCCUGGACGCGAGCCUGGAGGACCUGCUCACUAGGGUGGACGAGUUCGUGGGCAUGCUGGACAUGCUGCGGGGAGACUCCUCCCAUGUCGUCAGCGAGGGCGUGCCUCUCAUUCACGCGAAAGCCACCGAGAUGCGGCAGGUUUACGGCAAGAUCGACAGGCUCGAGGCUUUCGUCCGGAUGAUCGGCACCAGCGUGGCCAGAAUGGAGGAGCAAGUCGCCAGGGCGGAGGCCGAGCUGGGGACUUUCCCCAGUACGUUCAGAAAACUGCUGCACACAAUUCAAGUGCCUUCUGUCUUCAACAAGGGGCCCUCCAGCAGGCCCCAGCAGACCCGCUACGAACCCCCGGUCCUGUUUCGGACCGAGGACCACUUUCCCUGUUGCAGCGAGAGCCCUCAGAUUUGAGGCGGCCGGACAACGCUACAAGAGGACGCUGCGAUCUGAGAUUGUCUCGAGUAUUAAAUCAGUUGAAAAUCUUGUUAAUGGACAUAUGAUGUAGGCGUAUGGAAUUUUAAAGUUUAUUGUUUGCACAUUCUGUUUUUCACUGUCCUCAUUAUUUCACGUAGGAUGUAUUAUUCUCUGUCUUCCAGUUUCUAACCUGAAAGCUGCAUGGUGGAGGCGAUCAGGAAGCCAAAUGAAUGCACUUAAUCUGUGCACUGUAGCGGAACUUAUUUUUAUGGAUUUUACAGCUCAAAAAAAACACAGUAUUACUUUUUCAAGAUUUAUAUACUCAAGAAAAACGACUGAGCCUUUAAAACUGUUAUUCGAUCAUAAUGAAUCAGUUUUCUAUAUGUUACUCUUAGGGUAGAUGGUAAAUUAUUUGAUGUUAUAUUAAACUUUCCACAUCAUAGAUGGUAAACCGAAGGAAAUUAUACAACUUCUGAGAAAAUGUAUUGAUUUAUUGCAACUAAUUCUGAAGUUGUAUUAAGAAUAUGACCCCACAAUCUUAAUUUGCCUACAGCAAACAUGUCUACAUAUGGUCGACAGCGUUUGGUUUAUAAUUUAAACGUUAAUGAAAGUUUUAAAUUUUUGGUAAAAGCUUUCCUUCUGAAGAGGACUUUACAUAUUUCUUUUCUGUUUGAAAAUAGACCUGUUGCUGGUAUGGUUUCAGGAGUAUGAUAACGUGGCAUGGGAGUAACUCCUUUAGAAGGCUAACGUGAAAAACUAACCUUAGCUACUAUUUCACAGUGUUAUAUACAUAUUU